GAAGCUGGCACGCGGGUCCAUGUCGUCGUCGUCGUGGCGUGAGUCGGUGCGCACGGUGACCUUCCAGCGGUCGCCGUCCAGCCGGCAUCUGGACUCGGGCCGGCUGGGCUUCGAGGUGCGCGCCGCCGAGCCCGGAGGUGGUCUCAUCGUGGCCCACGUCGACCCCCAGUCGGCGGCGCACCGCGCGGGGCUCAGGCAGGGGGACCGCAUCCUGGCUGCGAACCACGUCCCCUUCCGCGACCUGGACCUCGAAGCGGCGCUGCAGGUUCUGGAGAGUCACCGGACCCUGCGGCUGAGCGUCGCUUCUCCAUCCCGGCACGGCGGAUACGCCUGGGUGACCCGCGACGGCCGGCCCACGUCACCGCCAGCAUCGUGGGGAGCACCCGUGCACAAGGUACGCAGCAGGCUGCCUGUGGCGAUGUAG